CUGCCAAUGAUUAGUUCUUGUUACUCCGAAUGACCUACGUGUUGAGGAAAAAACCCUGAUGGAACUUAUAACACUGAGCAUUUACAAUCAGCUAGGGAAAAAGGAACCGAAGUUAAAUCUCUUUAGCAUUCAAGAAAAAAAAAACACCUCGAGCAAACAGGUACAUUUUGCCUGUGGUUUUGAUCUUUGAGCGCUUGCUGUGAUUUUGAUUUUUGAUCUCUUAAAUUUCUAACAUCACUUGUGAAUGAUAACACUUUUGAUGAUUAUUACUGUUUGUAUGUACGUGCAUAGAUAUUGAAAGCAAGCUGAGAUGGCAUAAACGGAUGCUCAUAAUGUGAUUCCACAUGACCCUACAAGUUCAAAUCAAGCUCUAACAAGACAUUCAGAGAUGGAGCAGCUAAUCCACCUCAAAAUCCCUCUCCAGGUAAUAAAAAAUUGUACACAAGAUUUCAAUGAAACAAAUUUCAUUGGGAAGGGUGGAUAUGGUAGAGUAUACAAAGGAACCCUCACUUGGGGGGAUCAUGAGAACCAUCUAGUUGCUGUAAAACGGCUAGAUGUCACUGGGUUUCAAGGUAACAAGGAGUUCCUCACCGAGGUCACAAUGCUUUCACAAUAUCAACACGAAAACAUUGUAACCCUUAUAAGGCUUUGUGAUGAUAACAAGGAGAUGAUUUUGGUUUAUGAAUAUACAAGUCAUGGUAGCCUAGACACAUAUCUACAUGACACUACCUUGUCGCAAGGACUAUCAUGGCCACAAAUCCUCAAAAUAUGCAUCGGUAUUGCUUCGGCAUUGGACUAUCUUCAUAAUCAAGUGGCAGAAAAGCACAGAAUAAUACAUCGUGAUAUAAAAAGCGCGAAUGUUUUGUUAGAUAAGAAUUGGAAUGCAAAACUUUCUGAUUUUGGGUUGGCUAAGAUAGGUCUAGCGAAUCAACAAAACACAUUUGUCACCACUAACCAUGCUGGAACACAUGGUUAUUGUGACCCACAAUAUGAGAGAACUGGUUUUUUAACAAAAGAAUCCGAUAUCUACUCAUUUGGUGUCGUUAUGCCAGUGUGUGCUUUGAUGUUCCAUGAUGAAAGGAGAUUCCUUAAUCAUUUAGCCAGAUCUUGCUACAUAAAAGGAGAGCUAGACAAGAUUAUUGAUCAGAGAAUAAGGAAAGAUAUUGAACCACAAACGUUGCAAAUGUUUUCAGCUAUCGCGUAUCAAUGCUUGGAAGAAACUCGGGAAAAACGACCUAAGAUUGCUGAGGUUGCAUCCCAACUUAAGGAUGCUGCAAGGAUGAUUCAAGUUCUUGACCCUGUUGAGAAGAUUGAGCUUCUAGUGGAUGAAAGAGAGGAUCUUCAGUCUAAGAUAAACUAG